AUGACGCAGGUCCCGCCGGAGACAGGCGACUCUUCCACCGCAAACACCACGCCCGCUACCACCAUCGUCACCUCUCCUAGAGCCCGCCCCAAGCGAUCCAUUGGCAGUACCAUUGGCACCACCACCACCACCUCGACGGCGACGGCGACAGGAACAGGGACCGGAACGGGCACAGAUGGGGAAUCCGGCAUCACGGUAGAGGAAGGGUCGGAGGACGAUGGGGAGGAGGAAGAGACCGAGGACGACGAUGAGGAGGACGACGACGACGAGGAAGAGGAAGACGAGGAACCAAGACUCAAAUAUGCCCGACUCACCCAACAUCUCGGGUCACUGUAUCGUAAUGGCGACGCGACAAGCGCCUUCCUGACGGCUGGCGACAAGAUGAUAGUAGGAACGCAUAACGGCAACAUCCACAUCCUCCAAUUGCCCGCCUUCCAGUCCCUACGCGUCUACCACGCCCACGGCGCCUCCGUCACCAGUCUCUCGAUAUCGCCAUACCCACCACCUCUCCCGACCUUUGACCCGAAACCUCUCACCCGAGUCUUCUCCCAGACGAACAGUCCCUUGCGACCGGGAAGCGUAUCCAACGAUAGCCACCUUCAGACCAAUUCUGCCUCUGCCGCACGCAAACGAGACGCCCAGGCCCAUGGAGUCCCCAACACCCCCUCCAAUAACAUUCACAUCGCGACAUCCUCUAUGGACGGAAACAUCUGUGUCCAGUCUCUGAUCGAUGUCAAGGAUGUCACCCUCCGCAACUUUGCCCGACCCGUACAAGCUGUUGCCCUCUCUCCCGAUUACAAGAACGACAGGACCUAUCUGUCUGGUGGCCUAGCCGGACAACUCAUCCUGACCGUUGGCGCACCGCAGGGCAAGAGUACGGCCACUACGACAGGAGCCGCUGCUCAGGCGGCAGGAUGGCUCGGGAACAUGGUGGGCGCCGGGUCCGGCAAGGAUACCGUUUUGCACUCUGGCGAGGGCACCAUCAACACCAUCAAGUGGUCACUGUCGGGGAAAUACGUUGUUUGGUUGAAUGAGCACGGUAUCAAGAUUAUGCGGACGAAGCUCCAUCUCGACAGUGCCGACCAAGAAGAUGCAUGGAAGCGAAUUGGCCACAUCGAUCGGCCGCAAACAGAGGAGUGGGAUACCAUGGCCAGCGUCUGGAAGGGUAGAGCUGAGUGGAUUGACGAGCUGUCCAUCGAGCCUGAUGAGCCGGGCAAGGGUCAGAAAGAGGUGCCGGCCUCGCCUGCGGCUACAAUCUUGAAGCAACAACACCAAAAGACCGAGAAGAAGAUUGAGAGAUUGGUUGUAGGUUGGGGAAGCAAUAUCUGGUUCAUUCACGUUCAUCCCGGCGGCAUGGGCGUCGGCAAACACGCCGGGGAAAGGUCCGCUGGACGGGCCGAGAUUGUAAAGCUUCUUCGCAUGGAUUGCAUCAUUUCCGGCAUUUCGCUGUAUACCCAAAACUUGUUACUAGUGCUCGCAUACUGCUUACCAGAUGAAGACGAGGACGAAGCAUCUGACAACGUCGUCCCCGGUCACAAACACACCGCAUCAAUAGCGUCUGGAGGAAGUCAGCCAUCAGGAGGGAUCAAGCGCAGACAAAACAACCCACCACCAGAACUACGCCUUAUCGACCUCAACUCCCAGGCCCAGGUUGACGAGGACGGAUUGAGCGUCAGCCGCUUUGAACGCUUGACUGCCAGCGAUUACCACCUCGGGGUUCUUCCAGCUCGCAAUGUGGCCGCCUCUGCCGCCAACAAAGGUACCUUGGAGACUUUGGCUGGCUUCGGUACCGACAUGCUCAACGUUGGCCUCAACGUUGGUCUCACCGGCCUCAACGCUGCGCUGAACCCCAAGUCGCUUUUCAGUUCGGGCGCCAGCAUCAAGAGCAGGGAGAGCGACGAGGCCUCGUCGAGCUAUAUGGGAGGCAUCAACUCGGCAUUGAAGGGGACACCUCGCACUGCUAUCCAUCCAAACCUCAACAAACCAGGCAUCAAGAUCUUCAUCCACAGCCCAUACGAUUGCAUCUUGGCAACCAAGAGAGACUUGGCCGAUCACCUUGGUUGGUUGCUAGAACGUCAGCAAUACAAACAAGCAUGGGAGCUGGUCGACGAACAUCCCGAGAUCGUGGCUGCCACCGACCGAGCAUCUGAGCUAGGCGGCUCCGAAACUCCCGACCGAACCCAAAGCGAUGACUUUUAUGACGACACCGCCUCUGUCAUCGACGGCAUGCGCAGCCAUUUCUCCCUCGCUGAAAAAGAAAAGCGGCGCAUUGGCGAACUUUGGAUCCAAGAACUGGUCGAAGCAAGCGACUGGACUCAAGCCGGCCAGAUUUGCGGCAAGGUCCUCGGCACCCCCGACCGCUGGGAGAAAUGGGUCUGGACUUUUGCCGGCGCCAACAAGUUCGAUGAGAUUGUCAACUACAUCCCGACUGGGCGAACACGACCGCCCAUCCCCGGAACCAUCUACGAAGUCGUGCUUGGCCACUACCUCCAGGUUAGCAAGCCCCGGUUCAGGGAGCUUUUGGAACGAUGGCCGUCAGACUUGUUUGACGUUGGCACCAUCAUCACUGCCUUGGAGAACCAGCUCAAGUACCGCGAUGUCCGAGAAGACAGUGUCGAGGAUGGCGAAGUAGGAAGAGAUUGGCGCAUCGUCAUGCAGAGUUUGGCAAAAUUGCACGAGGCUAGCGGGCGGACCAAGGAGGCGCUGAGAUGUUACAUCAAGUUGCAGGAUGCCGACUCGGCGAUGCGACUGAUCAAGGAUGGACAUCUGGCUGAAGCGGUAGCUGAUGAUAUUCCCAGUUUCAUCGGACUUCGCGUACCUCAGGAAAAGCUCCUCAAGAUGUCGAAGGAACAACUCGAGCAGGCCACUAGCGAGGCCAUCUCGUUGUUGGUCGAUGAGGCGCAGCAUGGUUUGGUGAAGCCGGACCUUGUGGUGUCGCAGUUACAGGAGAAGGACUUGAAGCUUUACACGUACUUUUACCUGCGUGGUCUCUGGCGUGGCGAGGGCAUCCACGAACACACGCAUGAGUCUCUCGCCCGUCUGGUCCUCGACAGCCGCACCAUGGUGGACCAGUUUGCCGACCUGGCCGUCCACCUCUUUGCCCACUACGAUCAGCCGCUGCUCAACCAGUUCUUGAGGACAUCCACAGCGUAUGCCUUUGAGAAGGCCGCCCAAGAAUGCGAAACGCGCAACUACAUACCUGAGCUCGUCUACCUCUACUCUAAGACCGGUCAGAUGAAACGAGCGCUCUACCUCAUCAUCGAGCGUCUCGGCGACGUCUCCCGUGCCAUCGCCUUCGCCAAGGAACAAGAUGACCCCGACCUCUGGGAAGAUCUGCUCGAGUACUCCAUGGACAAACCCAAGUUCAUUCGCGCCCUGCUUGAGGAGGUGGGGACAGCCAUCAACCCCAUCACUCUUGUGCGCAGAAUACCAGAGGGGCUCCAGAUCCCAGGGCUCAGAGAAGGCAUAAGGCACAUCAUGAAGGAGCAUGAAAUCCAGUACUCCAUCUCGGAAGGCGUCAGUCGCGUGCUCAGAAGCGAAGUCGCAGCGGCUAUGAACACACUGCGAAACGGGCAGCGCAAGGGUGUCAAAUUCCAGGUCGGUGUCAAGGAAGGAGGCGAACAUGUCGAUGUCCAGCCGGCCGAUAUCCCGACGCAACCCCUAAACGAGAAACCAUCAUCCUCCGGCCUCGCCUCCCAAGACGCUGCAUCCCAGCAGCCACCACCCACUCCAUCCGACCCCAACCCACCGCCGUCCAAGGACUGCGGCAAAGAAGUACCAGGCUGGCCACUGUGCUCAAUGUCUCUCACCGUUCACCACGCGCUGAAUCCCGGGGAGACGGUGGAUGCGGAAGUGUUGCUGGGAGGUCUGGGAGCCGAGGAACGGAGCGCUCAUUUGGUUGGCGCGAAAGUGACGCAUGCGAGGUUAUUGAGGGAUCGGAUUGUCGGUGGCUGUGUUGUCUGCAAGGCUGCUAAAGAGGAUGAGGGCGAGGCAAGAUGA